AUGUUAUCACGGCGUAAUAUUCAUCGAUUGUCGAACAUUCUACGGCGGUGCUACGCUGCGGUGGAAACCGUACAGAAUGUAACGAAAGAAGCGCCUGCAGUAAAUGUUGACGAACUUCGAUUGACUUUUGCAUCACCUGUUGAGGUUUUUUUCAAUAAUACUGUAGUAAAGCAGGUCGAUAUUUCUACCUUGAAUGGCUCAAUUGGUAUUUUGCCAAAGCAUGUGCCGGUAUUGGGGAUGCUGAAGCCGGGUGUUGUUCGAGUCGUGGACAAAGAUGAUAAAAGUAUUCAAUAUUUUGCCUCAUCUGGUACUCUUUCAAUGAAUCCAGAUGGUUCUUGUCAAGUUUUGGCGGAAGAAGCAAUCAGACUUGAGGAUAUCGAUUUAGCGAAGGCUGAAGAGGAACUAAGUUCAGCACAACGACGUGCUCUAGAGCCGAUGGAAGAUGACGCUCGAGCUGCAGUGCAAAUUGAAAUAGAAACAUAUGAGGCAUUGAUAAAAGCUGCUCAUAGCAUCGAAAAGUGA